GAUUGAUUGAUUUAGGAUCAGCUGCACAUUGACCUGUUCGUUUUCUUCUCUGUUUUCUUCUCCUGUUUUUUCCUGUUUCUGGCAGUUUGUGUAGUUUUCUGGAAGUUUAAACAGCUAACUGACAUUAGAAGGGUUCGACAGCGACAGGUGUUAGAGUUGACCCUGAUGGCGAGAAGACCCUUUGCAGUACAGAAUUUGGUCUUGGAGUGUGAACCACUGUGUUUCCGGUCUAUUGAAAAAACCCUUCCCCCACUCAGGGACAAGCGGCAUAAGAAAUGGAGUUACCACGUUUACCCUGAAUUAGACCAAAUAAGGUCUCCUCGAGAAAACCAGAAAGACGAUGUGGUUCCUCAACGUGGUGAGAGAGGACCUGACGAUGCUAAUGCAGCACAUGUUAAAAAUGACGAAGAAGUUGUGUCAAGAAAUUUAUUAGAAGUAGCCCAGGACAAAGCAGGGCCGCCGAAUGAGCGAGGAUGUCAGCAGCAGGAUGGGUUUGGAAUCCGUGGAGUAACUGUUGAACCGUUGGCUGACGGUCAGGCUGCUGUAGCUUCUAUUCUAAUCCAUCUUCCAGGUGAUCAUGUGCGGUUGGGUGUUGGGUGUGUUCUUACAAACAAAAUGUUUGCCGGAAAACCCUUGAGGUCCUACAGGGUUCUGGGUACAUGAAUACAGUACAAUGGUACAUGAAUACAUGGUACAUGAAUACAUGGUACAUGAAUGGAAAUCAUAUUAAAAGAAAACACUGACUAAACUCGUAUAUAUAUAUAUAUAUUUAUAUAUGUAUAAACUUACGUUCAUUUAUAUA